CGAUUUCCUUCUCCUUAAUUCAGCAGUCGUCAGUCGUCAGUCGUCCUCCAAAUUCCUUUCCUUGAGCAGUUACCCAACAGGACUACUGUUGCAGCCAUACAUAUCCACCCACCCCACCCCCUCAACCAUACCCCAAUUUCAUUUCUCACAAAUCCUAAAUCAAUUUCCCUAAUCCCAUGAAGAGCUUCGCGAUUUGCUACGGGGAGCAGGCGAUCAACGUGUCCAAUUCAUACUGUUCCAAUCACUCGAUCCAUCAUCCCUACGCAUCCUCGUCGUCGUCGUCCUCGUCUCUAUCGAAAAAUCCAACCGUCCAGAAUGCAGUUACUUGUAUCUACAAAGUCAAACUCCCCAGUUCCAACACGCUGCAGUAUUUCGUCGUCAGGAUCACGUGGUCCAAAUCGAACACAGAGGGCUUCACCAUAGGCAUCUGCGACCACCCGUUUUCCUCCUCCGAAUUGAAGAACAAUUCGAAGGUUAUAACCAGGAAACGAGGCAGAUUCAAAGGGUUCGAUUCCGUCGUCAGUUUGAGGAACACCGAGGUUGUCUGGGAUCUUUACAAGGCCAAGUACGGGUCAGGACCCGAACCCGUAUCCGGAUUCUAUUUGGCAGUAUUAGUCGAUUCGGAGGCGUGCCUGAUUCUUGGGGAUAUGGGUGUGGGGAUUGGCGACGUGGAGGCUAGAAAACGUGUUUCUGAAUUUUCUUUGGUUUCUCGGAGCGAGCACUUUUUGGGGGAUUCUGUGUUGUCGACGGCGGCGAAAUUCCGGGACGCCGGAGCUUGUCAUAAUAUUACAAUAAGGUGUGGUGGGGAUGAUCGGAAUCAUCCUGCGUUGUCUGUUGAUGUGGACAGGAAGAACGUGAUUCAGGUGAAGAGAUUGAAGUGGAACUUUAGGGGCAACCAGACGAUCUUUGUGGAUGGAGUGUUGGUGGAUUUGAUGUGGGAUGUUCACGAUUGGUUGUUUCGACCCAGGUUGGGGUAUGGGCUGUUCAUGUUUCGCACAAGGAGUGGAUUCGACAGCAGGCUGUGGUUGGAGGACAAGAAUUUCGAGCAGAAGGAGUUGGACAAGAUUGGAUUUUCUCUUCUUGUUCUCGUAUGUAGGAAUUCUUCGGAUUGAUUUUGAUUUUGUUACUACUUAUUAGUGUUGCUCUGUUUUGACAUUUAUUUUUUUUUUGUUUGUUUGAUACUGUUUUGCAUUUCGAUUUGUGGGGUUGUUUUUGUUUUGUUUUGUUUUUGUUGCUACUCGCUUUUGGACAUUGGCGAGUGUCUCGUCAUGUGUAGAUAGAUACAUAUAGCGAUGUGUAUACAUAAAUCUCAGAAAAAUGGAUCGAUUUUAUCUGCGA